CCCGCGAACGUUGUGCUCGGCUCGGUGGCACUUGUAGUUCGAUGCCGGAGACCGUUCAGAGUUGACCGUGCGCGCGCGCGCAACACAGCAGACGUUCUUACCUGCUCAGUAUUGGAUUUACCUUUGACUCAUUUAUAUCGUUUAUUAUAUUGUUACUUCCUCUGUGUUAUGUUAUAUCGUUCUUCUUUUUUUUCUUUUUCUUAUUUUUUUUCGGAGGGUUAUCUCAUAUGUGUUUUUCGUUAUCUACCACUCCAACAAUAGUGCUUUUCGUGAGGAAGAAUAGAAUGCUAAGGAUACCAUGAACGUACCCAUCGUGUCAGGCGACAUCGCGGACGAUGAUGAUUACAAGCCACGUUUCGUUAGGGGGUCCGAUCCAAGGGUCGCGACAUGCAGAGGAAAGUUGCAGAAUAAACGAAGCAAGUUAAAUCAAGAGAUCAAUAAGGAACUUCGAUUACGCGCAGGUGCAGAAAAUCUUUUCAAGGCAACGACAAAUAGGAAACUCAAAGAAACCGUAGCUUUGGAAUUGAGCUUCGUUAAUUCAAACUUACAAUUGCUGAAAGAACAGUUGGCUGAACUUAAUAGCUCGGUUGAGCUCUAUCAAAAUGUCGACGGAGAGGAUCCUGUAAUGCCAAUGAUACCUCUGGGUUUAAAGGAAACCAAGGAUAUAGAUUUUCGUGAUCCGUUCAAAGAUUUUAUCUUAGAACACUAUAGCGAAGAUGGGGAGAAUUAUGAAGAAGCUAUUGCUGAACUUAUGGAGAUCAGACAGGCAACAAGAACACCGACAAGAGAUGCAGCAGGUAUAGCCUUGCUUUUGCGUUACUAUAAUCAACUAUACUUCAUCGAAAGACGAUUCUUUCCACCUGAAAGAAGUCUUGGUAUACAUUUCGAAUGGUUCGAUUCUUUGACUGGUGUACCAAGUCGUCAACGUACUGUUGCCUUUGAAAAAGCAUCGAUUUUAUUCAAUGCUGGUGCACUUUACACCCAGUUAGCUGCUAAACAAGACAGACAUUCUACUCGAGGCUUGGAUCAAGCUGUUGAUGCUUUUCUUAGAGCAGCUGGAACUUUUCGAUAUAUUCACGAAAACUUUACCAAUGCACCUAGCAUGGAUCUUGGACCUGAUAUGCUUGAAAUGCUCGUCCAAUUGAUGCUGGCACAAGCGAGGGAAUGUUUGUUCGAGAAACUGGAACUUCAAUCUAGAGAAGGGAGAACGAUCGACAUUUCUUUGGACUUAGCUCAAGAAGCUGCACAAGUUGCUACGGUUUACAAUGACGUUCACGGUUUGAUAUCUCGUGAACCAGUUCGCGAUUAUGUCCCAGAAACUUGGAUCUCUUUGAUAUUGGUCAAACGCGAACAUCAUUUGGCACUUGCUCACAAACAUCUCGCAGCUGGUUUACUCGAUAGACCAAUCGCGGAUUUUCGAGUUGAGACGAAACUCACGCUCGAACAUAUUCAAAAGAGUGAUGGGAAAACGCAAUUGGAAGUAACCGUACCUAGAGAUGACAACGAAAGAAAACUUUUAGGGAAAGCACAUUUAAGGGAAGCUUUGGUUUUGCACGAGGAAAGCCAACGGCUGCAAAGAAUGUGCAGAGAAUUAAAAGGAAAACAAGCGCUGGCUAAGGUCUUGAAAAAAGGACACGAAGCCACGCACGAUAUGUAUAAUAAAAUUGGGGAUGAAGAUGAUUUUCGGGAACUAUUAGAUCCUCCAGAUAUCAUUGCAUCAACAAAGUUUCAAUUGAGCAUCACUCAUCCAGAUUUUGGUCAACACGGGGUGGAAGAUUUGUUUAGAUCGUUGGGACCUGUCGCUAUAUUUUCAGCAAAAAGGCAUUGGACUGCACCAAGGAAUGUUCAACUUCAAAGAGGGCCCGAUGGUGAAGGUUUUGGAUUUAGUGUGCGUGGUGAUUCUCCAGUAAUUAUAGCUGCUGUUGAUCAUAAUUCUUUAGCUGAAAUCGCUGGUAUGAAGGAAGGUGACUUUAUAGUUGGUAUCGGUGACAAGGACGUCAAAUGGGCUUCUCAUGAACAAGCUGUGAGAUUGAUAAAACAAUGUGGUGACUUUAUUAACCUAAGACUGGUCACACCUAUGGAUAGAAAUUAUAUGAAGAAACCCGGAAAACCGAACCAACAUGAUAAAGGAAGCGUUUCGGCGAGCAGUUCUUCAGGAGUGUCUUCUGGUCAACCCAGUCCCGCUGGCUCGGUAACAACAGCUCAUGUCACAAGGAGACUACCUUGGAAUCCUUUCAAGAAAUCGGUUAAUCAACGUGACAGCAGGGAUCUUACUUUUGAUAACGUCAUCUUGAGAUGAUUGUUGAAAGACAAGAAUUUCCCUGUAAAGGUACGUCGUCAUAAGACACAACUUUUUGUUGCUUGUCUCGCAUCCGGUAUUAAACUACCAUCGUGUAAAAUUCGAAUAGAAUGAUUAAUCGGUAGAUUAAAUCGUAUCGAAUCUUUAUAAAAAUGUAUAUAUAUUUAUACAUUUAUUUGUAUGUAUACAUAUAUAACAUAUCUUUAUCAUCCAUUUUUUUUUUGUUUUUACAUUACGAACUUUCGCAUUUUUCUAAACGUGUUUUCGUUACUGACUCGAUGGAUUUGUAGAUAUUAUAAUUAUCGUUAAGAGUGAAGUAAAAGAAUUAACACGUUAGCAAAAUGUGGACGUGAUAUGAUAAUAUUCGUUAAAAGUGUAAAAUUUGUCAGUUUUCUUUUUAACGAUCAUACGUGUCGUUUUAAGCGUUUACAGUAAAUACGUAUGUAUAUUAAAUCGUAAUUAUAAUUUAAUGUAUAGAUAUAUCUGUUAUGAAGAUAAUAGGUAUAUAUACCGUAUAUACAGAGUGUCUCGAAAGUCGUCUCACAGAACUGAAAAAUAAUACAAUUUAUUAUCUAAUAAAAAUGUGCGUGUCUACGGUGUUUUCAUUUUUCAGGGUUGCGUUAGGAUUAUGUCAGGAUUAUUUUCUUGGUAAAACGACUUUUGUGUAACACCUUGUAAAAUCACGCCAAUGUUCGUCAUUUCACGCAAUCGUAGAUUUAAUAUAUACUUAAACAUUACCUUCUCAUUUGUCCAAUGAUUACAAUUAAUUAAUUGUAUCUAAAUUGUAUCAACGAUAAUGUACAUAAAGAAAGAAAGAGAGAGAGAGAGAGAGAGAGAGAGAGAGAGAGAGAGAGAGAGAGAGAGANAGAGAGAGAGAGAGAGUAAGAAAGUAAUGUUAUAUAAUUCAACGUGUUCCCAUGAAUAUUCUAUCUCUUAAGUUAGAAAUAUCAUCGUUCACGUAGAAAGACAGUCGUAAUGAGCAAACAUCGUAUUAAAAACAUAAUAUUUGAAUUAUCAUUGGAUCGUAAAAUCCCCCUAUUUUUAUAAAUUUUCUAUUUGUGCUUUCUUACGUACUGUAAUAACCGAAUAAAAAUAUCUUCGAUUAACGAA